AUGGCUUCUCCCAAAAAAAUCUCGUUCUGGGCCGUCCUCCUUUCGCUUUUCCUCGUUUCCUCGGCCCUCGACAUGUCCAUAAUCACCUACGAUCUGGGUCAUGACAUGGGCCCGGCCCGAUCCGAGGCCGAGACCCAGGCGCUGUACGAAUCGUGGCUCGUGAGGCACGGGAAGGCGUACAACGCCCUCGGCGAGAAGGAGCGGCGAUUCGAGAUCUUCAAGGACAACCUGAGGUUCAUCGAGGAGCAUAACUCCGUCGACCGGACGUACAAGGUGGGCCUGAACCGGUUCGCAGAUCUGACGAACGAGGAGUACCGGUCGAAGUUCGUCGGCGGGAGGAUGAACAGGAAGCCCGAGUUGAUGGGCCGGAGGGCGAGCGAGCGGUACGCGGCGAAGGCCGGCGAGGAGCUGCCGGAUUCCGUUGACUGGAGGGAGAAAGGCGCCGUCGCGCCAGUCAAAGAUCAGGGCCAGUGUGGGAGUUGCUGGGCUUUUUCAACAGUUGCCGCUGUUGAAGGAAUAAAUAAGAUAGUAACAGGGGACUUGGUAGUCCUGUCCGAACAAGAACUGGUCGAUUGUGACAGAUCGUAUAACCAAGGUUGUAAUGGCGGUCUAAUGGACUAUGGCUUUCAGUUUGUGAUUGACAAUGGUGGUCUGGACACAGAGGAUGAUUACCCGUACAGAGCUCGUGAUGAAACUUGCGAUAGCUUCCGGAAAAAUGCACACGUGGUCUCCAUAGAUUCUUACGAAGAUGUUCCUGCAAAUGAUGAACAAGCUUUGAAGAAGGCUGUGGCUCAUCAACCAGUCAGUGUCGCCAUUGAAGCUGGCGGCAGAGCUUUCCAGCUCUACCAAUCGGGUGUCUUCACCGGGCAAUGUGGGACCGACCUGGACCACGGCGUGGUGGCCGUCGGCUACGGCACGGAAAACGGUACAGACUAUUGGAUCGUGCGUAACUCGUGGGGCCCGAGCUGGGGAGAGAGUGGCUAUAUCCGCCUCGAGCGCAACUUGGGGGGCAGUGCCACCUCAGGCAAGUGCGGGAUUUCAGUCGAGCCCUCGUACCCGAUCAAGACGGGCCAGAACCCUCCCAAUCCCGGCCCAUCACCUCCGACCCCCGUGAAGCCCAGCACUGAGUGCGACGAGUACUUCUCCUGCCCGGCAGGCAGCACCUGCUGCUGCGUGUACCAAUUCGGGCAGUUCUGCUUUGGUUGGGGUUGCUGCCCGAUGGAGUCUGCCACUUGCUGUGACGACCAGUCGAGCUGCUGCCCGCACGAGUACCCGGUUUGCGAUGUUGAUGCCGGGACUUGCUUGAUUAGUAAGGAUAGCCCGUUAGGAGUACCGGCGUUGAAGAGGAGCAAGGCUGAACUCGACUGGUCGAGCCUGUUUGCCCGUGCUCGGAAGAACCCCAGCGACCACCGGCCCACCACCGCCUCGCCGUUUUCCUCCGCCGUUGACUCCGAUUUCAGGGUUGUUCUGUUGAAUACCGUGAAGGAAUUUGAGCUUCCGGAGAUGAGUUCGGGUUCUCCUGAUUCGUCAAAUCCUCAGGAUAUCAAAUCUGCAGAAACAAAAAUGUCAACUCCAAUGCAAUCUGCACCAGAUAAUUCUGAACAUGGUGCAGCUUCUAAUUUUUCGGCUUCUGGCAUCUCAACUUGGGCGAAAAAUCUUAAAAUUUCCAAGCCAUUUGUUGCGUCCCAGGAAGCAUCACCGACUGGAGAUUCUGGGAAGUCUCCGUUUUCACGUCUCACUAGUGGGUUUGGGUUGCGCUCAUCUCCAAAAUCUCCUCAGUCAGAAGGAAGUUCAAAUGAACCUUCACCAACUGCGCAAUCAGGUUUUAUUGGGACUAUAACAAAAGGAUUGGUUGACUCGUCCAAGAAUGCUGUGAAGGCUGUGCAGGUUAAAGCUCGGCAUGUUGUAUCUCAAAAUAAACGAAGAUAUCAGGAAGGAGGAUUUGAUUUAGACAUGACUUACAUCACGGAGAAUAUUAUUGCUAUGGGCUUCCCUGCUGGUGAUAUGAGCUCUGGUUUUUUUGGUUAUGUUGAGGGAUUUUAUCGGAACCACAUGGAGGAAGUAAUUAAGUUCUUUGAAACUUACCACAAGGACAAGUACAAAGUGUACAACCUUUGUUCUGAAAGAUUGUAUGAUGCAUCCUUAUUUGAGGGAAAGGUGGCUAGUUUUCCUUUUGAUGAUCAUAACUGCCCUCCUAUUCAACUAAUCAUAUCAUUUUGCCAAAGUGCAUAUUCAUGGUUGAAAGAAGAUAUUGAGAAUGUGGUGGUUGUGCAUUGUAAAGCUGGAAUGGCUAGGACAGGACUGAUGAUUUCCAGUCUUCUUCUCUAUCUGAAGUUCUUCCCUACUGCUGAAGAAUCAAUUGACUACUACAAUCAGAAAAGGUGUAUUGAUGGGAAAGGGCUUGUUCUGCCUAGUCAGAUUAGGUAUGUCAAGUAUUUUGAACGGAUUUUUGCAUAUUUCAAUGGAGAAAAUCAGCCAGGUCGUAGAUGCAUGCUUAGAGGAUUUCGGCUGCACAGAUGUCCAUACUGGAUUAGACCUUCCAUUACAGUAUCUGACCAUAAUGGUGUUCUCUUUUCAACAAAGAAGCAUCCAAGAACCAAAGAUUUGUCGCCUGAAUCUUUUUGGUUCGAUGCGCCAAAGAAAGGGAUAAUGGUAUUUGCACUUCCUGGGGAGCCUGGCCUGACGGAGUUGUUGGGCGAUUUCAAAGUCCAUUUUCAUGAUCGUAAUGGGGAUUUCUAUUGCUGGUUAAACACAACAAUGAUUGAAAAUCGAAAAGUAUUAAACACGGGCGAUCUUGACGGCUUUGAUAAGAGAAAACUACCAUCCCCCGGCUUCCAAGUCGAGAUCGUGCUUGUGGACUACAACACAGCCACCAACAUACCAAAACCCCCAUCAGAAACCACCUCCAACGAAUCAGCCCAGAACCCAGGCCCAGAUUCAGCCCAACCCAAUCCCAGCCCAACCGACCCACCAGUCCAAACAAAGAACACGAAGAAAGACAAAGACGACGAGUUCUCAGACAGUGAAGGCGAGGACAAUGGGUCCUCCAAAUCCAAACAAACCGAGACCUCCUCUCAAAACAUCACCACAACAAACAACUCCAAGGCCGAUUCGCAACAAAUUGAUGACUUGGCACGUAAAACGGAGCAAGCCUCGCUAGGUAGCUCAGGUCCUCCUAAGCCCACCGAGCAGAAGAAGGAAAGUCCCGUUGGAUCUGGGCCGUCCGAUCCAGCUGGGGAUGUGAGUGAAUUCAAAGCAAUGGCUGCAGAUGCAUCGGUUUUCUCCUUCGGGGAUGACGAAGAUUACGAAAGCGACUGA